UUGUCGGCCUUGGAGCGAGGCGAACGUGCGCGGACCCCGCAUCGGUCGCGGACCCGCCAUGGGCCCGCCCGACCCCGGGCGCCGCGCAGCGCGAGUACCAACCUAAAGCUAGAAUUGAAGCUACAAGAUGGCUGAUCAGGACCCUGGGGGCAUUAGCCCCCUCCAACAAAUGGUGGCCUCAGGUGCUGGAGCUGUGGUUACCUCUCUCUUCAUGAACCCGCUGGACGUGGUGAAAGUCCGCCUGCAGUCCCAACGCCCCUCGGUGACCAGGGAGCUGGUGUCUUCCUCCAGACUCUGGAGCUUCUCUUAUGCCAAAUUACCCUCCUCUUUCCAACCCACAGGGAAGUGCCUCCUGUACUGCAAUGGUGUCCUGGAGCCCCUGUACCUGUGCCCAAAUGGUGCCCGCUGUGCCACCUGGUUUCAGGACCCCACUCGCUUCACUGGCACCAUGGAUGCUUUUGUGAAGAUUGUGAGAAACGAGGGCACCAGGACCCUGUGGAGUGGCCUCCCAGCCACUCUGGUGAUGGCUGUGCCAGCAACCGCCAUCUACUUCACGGCCUACGACCAACUGAAGGCCUUCCUCUGUGGUCGAGCCCUGAUCUCUGACUUCUAUGCACCCAUGGUGGCUGGUGCACUGGCCCGCUUGGGCACCGUGACUGUGAUCAGCCCCCUAGAGCUGGUGCGGACAAAGCUACAGGCUCAGCAUGUCUCAUACCGGGAGUUGAGUGCCUGUGUCCGAGCUGCUGUGGCUCAGGGUGGCUGGCGCUCACUGUGGCUGGGCUGGGGCCCCACUGCUCUUCGGGAUGUGCCCUUUUCAGCCCUGUAUUGGUUCAACUAUGAGCUGGUGAAGAGCUGGCUGAGUGGGCUCAGGCCAAAGGACCAGACGUCAGUGGGCAUCACUUUUGUGGCUGGAGGCAUCUCAGGGACGGUGGCUGCCAUCCUGACUCUACCCUUCGAUGUGGUGAAGACUCAACGCCAGGUUGCGCUGGGAGCGGUCGAGGCUGUGAGAGUGUCACCCCUGCACCCCGACUCCACCUGGCUGCUGCUGCGAAGGAUCCGGGCUGAGUCUGGCACCAGGGGACUCUUCGCAGGCUUCCUCCCAAGGAUCAUCAAGGCUGCCCCCUCCUGUGCCAUCAUGAUCAGCACGUAUGAGUUGGGCAAAAGCUUCUUUCAGAGGCUCAACCUGGAACAGCCUCUGGGCCAGUGAGAGGAGUGAGGGGAUGAGAGCCCCAUCUCUUCCACGGAUGGGGUAGGGCAGGAGGGAACUGAGCCAAGUGCCUUGUCCUCAGGGGAGGGGCCUCAUUUUUCUUACCUCUCAACUCUGAGCCCCAAGGGUAGCGGUUCGCCCCUUUGAGCCUUCCCAGGCCCCCUCAGACAGCUUUCUUCCUACUGGUCCUCAUCCCAAGCUCCAAGGAUCAUCACUUUUCCAACCAACUCCCCAAGUUCAAGACCAAAUCUGUUAACUCUCUCUUCCCCCUACCCUCUUGGCAUUUCCCUGUGUGUGUGUUGUAGCUGGGCUUGCCCCCAAGGGCCACAAAGCCCUGGGCCUGGCUAGUCUGAACCCACCACUGUUAAUUCAUUGAGUGUAAAGAUGAUGAACUUCUC